AUGGUACUCUGUUACGGUGACUGGUCCACAGCCAACCAUAUUCAGUUAUUCCCCUUAGAGGGGUCCUUUAGUUAUACACUUUAUUUAAGUAUUGGUUGUAAUAAAUUAUCAAGAAUGAUAAUAACGUCGGAAAUACAUUUAAUGAGUUCAUAUUUAGCCUUUACUUCUGGAAUACAAUCGGGAUUACAACAUUAUUUAAGUUGUGGAAUUGUUCAAAGGAGGUUUAAUUGGAUACCUCAUUAUAGACAAGGUGUUGCUAUUUCUGGAGUAUUGGCUUCAACAUUUGCUUCAAGUAAUCCUUCAAGGCGGUUAUUUCUGGUUAUCGCCAAUAUCAAUUCUGUUGAUAUGAGUAAUAGUGAUGUAUCUUCUAAAAGAGUUUUAACCAUAUUGUUAAUGUCAUAUUUGGGGAUUUUGGGAAAUGAGUACCUGUUUGCAAAACUAAAAUUAUCACCUCAAUGGAUGAAGUUACAUUCCACGAGAAAAGCGAUUUCUAUCACAAUUGGUAUAUUAUUAUUAUUAAUGUGUGAAUCACAAGUUAUAAAUGGGAAAACACCAGAACUUUAA